AUGACAUACGAUCACGUGUAUUCGCAUUCUGCCCUCAAAGCUGAACAGAAUAUUGAUUCUCCCGUUGACUCCAGUUAUCAAUUCACGCUAGUCUUUCUCUAUGCGAGCCUGCUGCAGUCUCUACAAAACCACAGAUCGAGGUUUGUUCUCUUUUGGAAAAACCGACGCAAACCAACAGUUGCAAUUCCAUACAAGAUGUGGGCUGCACCAAAGACUCCUCCCAAGCGUUCUGUUACCGUCUUUGACGACGACGACAGUCCUUCCGCAAAGCGCCGAAGAUUUGCGAUCAGCCCGUCCCAAGACUCUGAUGAGAGUGGUCAAACUCCCCUUGGUAUCACUUUUGGAGAUACUCCUCGAGUCCUUAUUCAGAAGAAUGGUUUCGAGAUGGAGAUUGUAGACUCACAAGACGACGUUGACGCUGAGGAGAUUUCUGCUAAAGCAACCAAGCAAUUCUACGCAAAGAAGAGCUCUGCCCAGCACGUCAAUAACGAUAAAGACAGCCCGGAGCGUGCUUCGGUCAGCUCAAUCAAUAUCGACGAUAUUCCAAUUAUUGCAAGCCCAAAACAUGUCCAGAAUAGACUUAACACCAAGUAUUUCACAUUCAACUUGCGCGAAGUCAAGGCAAUUGUACGUUGGAUGCGUAUGCAUCGAACGUACAAGAUCUCAUCCCACAAGACUGAAUUCAAUGAACUUGUGCAUCACCUUGGCUAUAGCAGCGCAUCACUGAGUCAGAAAGAUCAGAACGAACUGAGAACAAAGCUUCGUACGAAGAUGGGUGCUCUACAUGCGAACAUGAAGAAGUCUGGUGCCCUAGCCGAGGAUUAUGAUGGAUACGAAAGCUCUGGAUCUACUGUUUUUCGUCCUCUGCCAUUCGAGGAGUGGACACUUAUGUGGUACAAGAAAGGCUGGGACGGAAGUCUACAUAGACCAUACCAGAAGAAGUACGAGGCCAUCAUGAAUGAACGAGGCGAUGAUUGCGCAAGCUCCAACGACGCAGGAAAGAAAGGAGCCGGUGCGCAACCUGAACAGGACAUUGAGAACAGAAGCGAACAAGGACAUGAGAAAACAGAGAAACAAAAUAAGACGACACUUACGCUCUCCGACGACGAAUUUGAUGGCACGGAGCUCUUUAUGGUUGAAGAGACCUCUGAGGUCACUCGGAAGGAAGACCGCCCUCCACCCAAAGAUGAUAAGUCCCGAGACGUUGACGGCUGGAACACUUACCUUCUCAACAAGGAGAUCAUCGACGAGCACGACUGGAAUUACCGUAUUGUCACUGCUCAGCACUUGGGUAUCGACCUUAAGGAACUUGCUGCACUCUACCCCGAUCCAUUCCCUGGCUACGAGCACCCUCCACGCGAAAGCUCUGCCUUCCCUGUAACUCCAACACGAUCUGUUGCGUCUUCUGCCCAGUCCACGCCUUCUACACCAUCCCCAGCGCCUACCAAGACCACAGAUAGACCUGACUCUGACGAGUCUAUCUCUCUAGAGGUUACCGAUUCAGAGGACGAUAGAGUUCCCGGAACCAGAGCGAUUCAGUAUGUCAAUGAUAGCGAUGAGGAUAUGGGUGAUGAUGAAAUGGAGGAAGAAGAUCUGGCUGAUGAUGCUGAGCUGCAUGCUGGCCACCAGAGUCAAGGAUCCACCACUAACGCUGUCCAACACGCGACUGACACACAAAUCACCACUCAAGCGCCCAGUACACCUAAACGUCCGAUCAGCCGCCAGUCCCAUACUCCGCGAUCUGUCACGCCAAGUAUCUAUACUGCGAUCUGGUCUCCAAAGCAGUGA